AGUAUCGGAAUCGGCUCCAUGUCUAUUCUUUUUUGAAAAUUUUUUAUUUUGAUUUGUGAAAUACCGCCAAGAAAUGUUAUCUUCUCUUACAAAAAUGCUGGAAAAUGUGGAGUAACUCAACUUGUUGUGUCUAAUUCGUAAAACCAAUCGUCUCUUGGUAAUUGUGCUGAAACUAUCUUAUUGAAAAUGAGUGAAUCUGUCAAAGAAGAUAACGUUGAAAACGGAGCUUCAGCUCAACCGAGUUCGUCAGGAGUUUCGAAACCAGCUGCGGAAAAAUUCAACAACAGUACUCCUUGGAUCGAGAAAUAUCGACCACAAACUUUCAAAGAUAUCGUGGGCAAUGACGAAGUUGUGAGGCGCUUAGAGACAUUCGCUAUUCACGGAAAUGCUCCUAAUAUCAUUUUAUCGGGACCACCCGGCAUAGGUAAAACUACAACCAUUCUUUGUCUGGCCAGAACUCUUUUGGGGCCUUCUAUGAAAGAAGCUGUUCUCGAAUUGAACGCCUCCAAUGAAAGAGGUAUAGACGUUGUUAGAAAUAAAAUCAAAAUGUUUGCUCAGCAAAAAGUCACACUACCUCCUGGAAAGCAUAAAAUCAUCAUAUUAGACGAAGCUGACAGUAUGACCGAUGGAGCUCAACAAGCUUUGCGUCGUACAAUGGAAAUAUACAGCCGAACAACACGGUUUGCUUUAGCUUGCAAUAAUAGUGAAAAAAUAAUAGAGCCUAUUCAAUCUCGAUGUGCUAUUUUACGAUAUAAUAAACUCACAGAUGCGCAAUUAUUGUCCAAAGUGUUAGAAAUAUGCAACAAAGAAGAGGUUACGUAUUCGGAUGAUGGUUUAGAAGCGAUUGUUUUUACUGCCCAAGGAGACAUGAGACAGGCCUUGAAUAAUUUACAGUCAACAUUCAAUGGAUUCGGACAUGUCAAUAGUGCGAAUGUUUUCAAAGUCUGCGACGAACCGCAUCCGUUAUUAGUGAAAGAUAUGCUCAAUCAAUGUGUAAAUGGAGAAAUAUCAAAAGCUUACAAGAUAAUGGCUCAUUUAUGGAAACUCGGUUACGCCCCUGAAGAUAUAAUUGGAAACGUGUUCAGAGUUGCAAAAAAUUUGGAAAUCAAAGAACCAUUGAAGUUGGAAUUUAUUCAGGAAAUCGGGUUAACCCAUUUGAGAAUAGUGCAAGGCGUCAAUUCACUUUUACAGCUGAGCGGUUUAUUAGCUAAGCUUUGUAAAAUAAGUACAGCGGAAGAAGUAUCUAAUUAAGAAUUAGAAUUAAACAAGUUUUUUCAAUUUUUUUAAUGCUCAAUGUUUCAAAUACAAAAUUUUAUAAAU